ACUCGACGUGUCAGUCUCCGCCCAACUUUGCGGUUAAAUCGAUUGAUUCUCGUGUUCACCACCACAACUAUUCAAAAUGAAGUACCUCGCUGCCUACCUUCUGUUGGCCCUUGCUGGCAACAACACCCCCUCCGCUGAGGACAUCAAGUCCGUCCUCUCCGCCGUCGGCAUCGACGCUGAGGAGGAGCGCCUCCAGAAGCUCAUUGCUGAGCUCGAGGGCAAGGACCUCCAGGAGCUCAUCUCCGAGGGUUCCCAGAAGCUUGCUUCCGUUCCCUCCGGUGGUGCCGGUGCUGCUGCUGCUGCUGCCCCCGCUGCCGGUGGCGCCGCUGCUGAGGCUCCCGCUGAGGAGAAGAAGGAGGAGGCCGCUGAGGAGUCCGAUGAGGACAUGGGCUUCGGUCUCUUCGACUAAGCGCCUUCACUCCGAACACCGAGAAAAUCGUAACAGUUCGUGGGGGAACAGAAAUCUGGCGGUUAUUUUCAGUCUAGGGAGGAAAAUUACCCAUUGGUCCAGUCAAGCCGGUGUUUGCCAGGCUUUUCUGAUGCAGUUACGAAUUAUGCAUGCGUGAGCUGGAAAGAGCUUUAGCCAAUACAGAUUCUCUGACCUCCCGA